AUGCCGACAUGUCGGAGGAGAUGCAGCAGGAUGCGGUGGAGUGUGCCACCCAAGCCCUGGAGAAGUACAACAUCGAGAAGGACAUCGCUGCCCAUAUCAAGAAGGAAUUUGACAAGAAAUAUAACCCUACAUGGCACUGCAUUGUGGGCAGAAACUUUGGCAGCUACGUCACACACGAGACCAAGCAUUUCAUUUAUUUCUACCUGGGCCAAGUUGCAAUUCUGUUGUUUAAAUCAGGUUAAAUGCCUGAAAUAA